AUGGAAGGGUCUGAAAAAGACAUAGAAAACUUGUUGUACCGGAUUGGCCAGUACAACAAAGAUAAAGACCGGCUGAUCAAGCCCCAUACAAGAUCUGUGUCUCUCCCACGCUCCUCCAUCACACCUGUGUCCCUCCCACGCUCCUCCAUCACACCUGUGACACUCCCACGCUCCUCCAUCACACCUGUGUCCCUCCCACGCUCCUCCAUCACACCUGUGUCCCUCCCACGCUCCUCCAUCACACCUGUGUCCCUCCCACGCUCCUCCAUCACACCUGUGUCCCUCCCACGCUCCUCCAUCACACCUGUGUCCCUCCCACGCUCCUCCAUCACACCUGUGUCCCUCCCACGCUCCUCCAUCACACCUGUGUCCCUUCCACGCUCCUCCAUCACACCUGUAUCCCUCCCACGCUCCUCCAUCACACCUGUGACACUCCCACGCUCCUCCAUCACACCUGUGUCCCUCCCACGCUCCUCCAUCACACCUGUGUCCCUCCCACGCUCCUCCAUCACACCUGUGUCCCUCCCACGCUCCUCCAUCACACCUGUGUCCCUCCCACGCUUCUCCAUCACACCUGUGUCCCUCCCACGCUUCUCCAUCACACCUGUGUCCCUCCCACGCUCCUCCAUCACACCUGUGUCCCUCCCACGCUCCUCCAUCACACCUGUGUCCCUCCCACGCUUCUCCAUCACACCUGUGUCCCUCCCACGCUUCUCCAUCACACCUGUGUCCCUCCCACGCUCCUCCAUCACACCUGUGUCCCUCCCACGCUCCUCCAUCACACCUGUGUCCCUCCCACGCUCCUUCAUCACACCUGUGACACUCCCACGCUCCUCCAUCACACCUGUGUCCCUCCCACGCUCCUCCAUCACACCUGUGUCCCUCCCACGCUCCUCCAUCACACCUGUGUCCCUCCCACGCUCCUCCAUCACACCUGUGUCCCUCCCACGCUUCUCCAUCACACCUGUGUCCCUCCCACGCUGCUCCAUCACACCUGUGUCCCUCCCACGCUCCUCCAUCACACCUGUGUCCCUCCCACGCUCCUCCAUCACACCUGUGUCCCUCCCACGCUCCUUCAUCACACCUGUGACACUCCCACGCUCCUCCAUCACACCUGUGUCCCUCCCACGCUCCUCCAUCACACCUGUGUCCCUCCCACGCUCCUCCAUCACACCUGUGUCCCUCCCACGCUCCUCCAUCACACCUGUGUCCCUCCCACGCUCCUUCAUCACACCUGUGUCCCUCCCACGCUCCUCCAUCACACCUGUGUCCCUCCCACGCUCCUCCAUCACACCUGUAUCCCUCCCACGCUCCUCCAUCACACCUGUGACACUCCCACGCUCCUCCAUCACACCUGUGACACUCCCACGCUCCUCCAUCACACCUGUAACACUCCCACGCUCCUCCAUCACACCUGUGUCCCUCCCACGCUCCUCCAUCACACCUGUGUCCCUCCCACGCUCCUCCAUCACACCUGUGACACUCCCACGCUCCUCCAUCACACCUGGGACACUCCCACGCUCCUCCAUCACACCUGUGUCCCUCCCACGCUCCUCCAUCACACCUGUAUCCCUCCCACGCACCACCAGGUCUUGUAUAGCAUAUUGGCCUAAGCCAGACGUGUAUGAGGCUAAGCCAGACGUGUAUGAGGCUAAGCCAGACGUGUAUGAGGCUAAGCCAGACGUGUAUGAGGCUAAGCCAGACGUGUAUGAGGCUAAGCCAGACGUGUAUGAGGCUAAGCCAGACGUGUAUGAGGCUAAGCCAGACGUGUAUGAGGCUAAGCCAGACGUGUAUGAGGCUAAGCCAGACGUGUAUGAGGCUAAGCCAGACGUGUAUGAGGCUAAGCCAGACGUGUAUGAGGCUAAGCCAGACGUGUAUGAGGCUAAGCCAGACGUGUAUGAGGCUAAGCCAGACGUGUAUGAGGCCAGACGUGUAUGA